UUUAGCUUGAGGUUAAGGUUGUAAACGAACUUGCGAAGUCAGGACAGAAUCCACGUUCCACUCACUUCUUUUUCAAGAAUCUGUGACUGUAUACUGCAUGAUAUUGGAAUGUUGCCUCUAUCUCUGCUUAGAACCGCUCAGAACCACCCUAUGCUGGUGGAACUGAAGAACGGGGAGACAUACAAUGGCCAUCUUGUUGCAUGUGAUAACUGGAUGAAUAUCAAUCUCAGAGAAGUCAUCUGCACAUCAAGGGACGGUGACCGGUUCUGGAGGAUGCCCGAGUGCUACAUCAGGGGAAGCACCAUCAAAUACCUCAGGAUACCGGACGAGGUCAUAGACAUGGUCAAGGAAGAGGUCGUAUCCAAAGGUCGCGGCCGUGGAGGUGGAGGUCGCGGAAGGGGUCGUGGUGGUCCAGGUAGAGGAGGUGCAUUUGGUCGAGGUGGUGGUCGAGGAGGAGGACGAGGCGAUGGCAAGAGGGGAGGAAGAGGAGGACCACCAAAGUCAUAGCAUAUCGUCAACGUCGUCAUUCUUUAGUUCAUUCUUUAGUGUAGCUAACUUCUGAACCAUACCUUUAAGCCCUGUAUACCCCCAGUCACAUUCUACAAGACUGACACCAGACCAACAAUUGACAGAACAAAGAACAUUUACAUUAAUCUGAAAGGUCCAAAUAAGGUCCAUUUACACUCCUGGGGGGUGUUUCACAAAGAUCCUCAGUAGAACUUAUCUCUAAGUUGGACUUAAAAGUUAUGGAAAGCCAUUAGCAUCUUUGAAAAUAUUUUGUAAAAGUUAUUUUAAAAGGCAUAAAAUACUGAUUCAAAUCAUAAAUAUGUUCUAUUUUCAAGGAGAUGACAUGUUCUUGAUGUGGAAUGAAUGAGAAGUCUAAAAUACUUAAAUUUUUGCUUUUUAAUAUAUUUUAUUUUAAGGCUACAAAUGGCUCUCUAUAAUAUUUAAGUCCAACUUAGAGUAAAGUUGGACUUAGGAUCUUUGUGAAACACCCCCCUGGAGUGGAAUAACUCAUAAAAAGUUGGAGUUUGAUAAUUUUUUGUUUUUUAAGGUUGGUUAUUCAUGCACAUGCGCAACUCGCUGUGCAUGCAAUAGCACGGAAGUGAGGAGAUUCAUGUGACCAAAAACUGGCUGAGUUUCAGCCAUAAAUUUUUUUUUUUCUAAAGGAGGGUUUUUUCCAAUUCAAGUUUUGAGUCACAUUUACAUGUAUAGUUAGUUGCUUAUCAACUACAGACGAGACUCCGGAAUGAGAAAAAAUAUAUAUUGUUUUUGCUCACAGUGUAAACGUCCCUUUAGCCAAGAAUAACCGGUUUUGAGUCUAUUCAAGUUGGUUUGGAGUCUGUUAGGCAGUGUGACAGAGGUACCGGUAUUGCAUCUUUCAAACUUUCACAGUCAAAGACUCCCUCCCCAAUAAUUUAGCAGAGUAGUUAUAACUGCCAAGUCCCAAUGUAAAAGGAGCAUUGCUGUAUAAUUCAGACAUUUAUAUCUAUUCUAUAGAUAUUCUAUAGUUUUGUAGGUAUUUAAAUUAACGUUUUAUUUCUUUCUUGGAAACAUUAGUGCAGGUCUUUUCCUUCAAAUUACUCUUGAUUUGCCAGUUAACUGAAAAGUCCCAAUAACUGUGAGCUGCAGGAAGACUUCAGUGCUUUAUUUGAAGAAGUUUAGAACGGACUUACCUACAUACUUGUUUUUACUUGAUUGUCUCCCUUUUUUUAAUGACAUGGGGUCAUUAGUGAAUUGAAUUCAUAACUGGAAUUAAAGAAAAGGGUGAAAAUGGUUCAAAAGAUGAUAACCUGCAAGUCAGAGACAUUUCGUAAUUUCUUUCCUUUUCCGGUAGCACCUUGCUGGGCAUUUCAUUUGACGCAUAAUUUUGAUUAUUUUCCAAAUAUGAAUCAUGGUAUCAGAAGUAUACUUGUUGUCUUUUGUAAAUAUAUGUUUUUUGUAUUAAAUAUAAUGCAAGAUCUCAAGCUA